AGGAUGUACCGGCGGGCGGAGCGCGGCCUGGCGCUGCGCGGGAGCAGCCUGGCGCUCUACAACAACCUGAGCGUCCUGCCGCUGCCGGCCAAGCGCCUCACCUACUUCGCCAGCGUGCACGGCGCCUCGGUCGGGCUGGUCAGCGCGGCGGAGGACGGGGCGGCCUGCGCCCACCGCCAGCUGCAGGCCCGGCAGGGCGGCCUCGGGGCCCCCCUCGUCACGCAGGCGGCCUGGUGCGCGCUGCCCUCGCGGACGCUGCUGGUGCUGGCCUCGUGGAAGGGCGUCCAGAUGUACGAGCCCGACGGCUCCGCCAUGGUCUACUGGCACGCGCUGGACGGCAUGGAGGCCUCGGCAGGGAUGGUGCUGUUUGCCCGGGGGAUCGGAGCCACGGGACAGCACUUCGUGUGUGUAGGGACAUCCACCGGUUCGGUCCUCGUCUUUGACGUCCCCUCCAAAGGCACCAACAUCGCACUGAGCGAAGUCCUUGAGCAGCACAACAGCCCCAUCACGGACAUUGGCGCAGAGCUCUGUGAGCAGCCGGAGGGAGCUGCGGAUCUGGUGACGGCAGACGACUCUGGAGCGUUGUGCGUUUGGGGGUCUGGAGAGACAUUCAGGCUGAUCACCAAAAUUCCAGCUUCUGACUGCACCUGCUCCUCGGUGAAGCUGUGGAACGGGGUCGUGGCUGCCGGCUACGGGGACGGGCAGAUUCGUUUGUUCGAAGCGGCACGUGGGACCCUGAGAGCCCAAGUCAGCGCUCACGCACGCUGGAUCUACGCCCUGGACCUGGCCCCGCUCUCGGGGAAGCUGCUGUCUGCGGCUGAGGACUCCUUCGUGCGGGUCUGGGGACUGAGCCUCAAUGCGGACACAGACAGCAUUGAGUUCGAGCAUUGCCACACGGAGUGUGUGACUGACACGCAGAUUUGUGGCGCCCGCUUCUGCAAUCCGGAAGGCACCACCUUUGCUGUCACGGGGUUCGAGCUGAGCGAGAUCAUCCUCUACCACCAGGUGUAG